AAAAAAGAUUUAAAAUGACUAAUUCUCAAGAAAAGAUGUAAUAAGAUUAUAUCUGGAUCAGAGAUUAAUCAACAGGAGAUGCAGAUGUCAAAAUGAGAACAUUUGGAUAACAUUAUUUAUAUUAUCAUGCUCCAAAUAAGAGAGAACGAUUAGAAAUGAUAUGGAGAUCUAUGGGAAAAGCUUAUGAUUGGGAAAUGGAAAAAUUUAGAGUAUUUAUCUAUAUUCAAUUCUUUUUAGAUGCAAAAAAAAUUUAUUGAUAGAGGUAAUAAAAGGAGAUUCUUUAAAAACUUUUUCAGAUUCAUUAAAAACCCAUUUGGUUAUAUUUAUUGGAAGACUUACAAAAUUAGACAACCUAAAGGUAGAAUUAUCACUACUAUGCUUGGUCUUGGAGUUAUUGGAACAUUAUAUAAGUAUAAAUUAGAAUCAAGUAUCUCUUUCAUCUAUUCAUAGAUCAAAUCUAAAAAAGAGAGUAUUAUUUAUUGACUGCUGGUAAAAAUUCAGAAGGAAGUGGACUUAUUAAUACUGGUUACAAUAAUGAUAAGUUUCUAUUUUAUUGAAUACUUUUAGAUUGGCUCGUCAAGGAAUGCCUCUGACUCAAAUGUUCUACUCUUAUCUUAUGGCCAAAGAUAUCGUUGUCUCAAGAUCUAGAGAUUAAAAUUAUAGAAAAUACUUUGAAAUGAGAAAAAAGUAUUAAAUCAAAGAAUGAAAAAUAUAUUAUACACACAUAAAUAAUAAAAAUAUAUAAAUCAAACAAAC